GAUUUACAUACCUCCCUACUGGUCCAUUUAUCACUUCAUUGCAAAUUUUUUUCUCUCUUCUGUUGACCAAUUUCAGUAGCAUAAUUAACCCUAGCCUGGAUAAAAUAGAAGUAAGAAAAGGUUAAUACCCCCUUUCCAAAAAAAAAUGAGGAUCAAACUGACAUGUUUCUUAAGCAACCGAAAGUGGAGAUUCUAAAAUUCACGUCAUAGAUAAAGUUACGGAUUAUUCUCUUCCUCCUUUGCAUCCUUCUAUGUAAAUCACUAUCAAUGGUUUCUCAAGUUCCUAUUUCUAUUACCUCUGUUGUUUUCAACAAGUUUUCAAGCCACAGGACAUGGAUUUUGGUGAUAGUCGGCCAAUUGUCUGCGAUAAUGGAACAGGCUCGGUAAAGGCUGGUUUUGCUGGUGACGAUGCUCCAUGUGUAGUUUUCCCAAACGUGAUAGGGCGCCCCCGAAACAAUCAUCCACUGAUUGGCAUUGGACAGAAGGACAUGUACUUUGGAGAUGAAGCGCAAGCCAGACGUGGAGUCCUAAGAUUAACCUAUCCUGUUGGUCAUGGAAUGGUGAGAGAUUGGGAAGCAAUGGAGAGUCUGUGGGAGCAUACAUUUGAGAAGGAGCUCAGAGUUUCCAUAGAAGAACACCCAGUCCUCUUAACAGAGCCCCCCAUGAAUCCCAAAAUCAAUAGAGAGAAAAUGAUGGAAAUCAUGUUUGAAGCUUUUGAAGUUCCUGCCACCUAUGUAGCAAUUCAGGCUGUGCUCUCCCUCUAUGGCAGCGGUCGAACAACAGGAAUUGUGAUGGACUCUGGAGAUGGGGUCACACAUGUUGUUCCCAUCUAUGAGGGAUAUGCUCUACCACAUGCCAUAGAAAGGCUUGAUUUAGCUGGCAAGGACCUGACUGACUAUCUCACCAAAAUCCUAACUGAAGAAGGUUAUGUGUUCACCACAUCAGCAGAAAGAGAAAUUGUUAGGGAUAUAAAGGAGCGACUCACUUAUGUAGCAAUGGAUUUUGAGAAGGAACUUGAAAUGUCUAGUGAAAGCUCUGAGCUAGACAAGCAAUAUGAAUUGCCAGAUGGGCAAGUCAUAACGAUAGGAGCAGGGCGUUUCAAGUGUCCAGAGGCUCUGUUUGAUCCUAGCAGAGUGGGAAUGGAGUCGGGUGGAAUCCACGAGGCUGUGCUGAAAUCAAUCAGAAGGUGCGACAUGGACAUUAGGCGCGACAUGUUUGCAAAUGUGGUGCUUAGUGGGGGUACCACUGUAAUAUCCGGUCUGGCUGAUAGGUUACUGAAGGAGCUGAGCUCUAUGGUGCCUCCCGGAGUCAAGGUAAGGGUGGUUGCACCUCCUGAGAGGAAGUAUAGUGUCUGGAUUGGUGGCUCCAUCUUAGCUUCACUUAGCACCUUCGAGCAGAUGUGGAUUUCCAAAGAAGAGUACAUGGAGUCUGGUUAUUCUAUUGUGCACAUGAAAUGCUUUUAAGCACAUUAUAAUAGAUUGUGUUUUUUUAUUUUUCGAUCUUAUAAUGUAUUAUUCCUUCUUUUGCGUUAUCCAAUUAAUAAUAAAAAAAAAAGGUUCAGAAUGCCCUUUUAUCAGUAAAAAAACUUUUUUUUUUCUUUCUUUAUUUUAUUUAUUAUUUUUGUGGAGGUAAUGGUUAGAUCCUCCAGACCUGUAUUCAUUUUGUUUUUCUAAAUCCAUUUAACUUGAGAUUAUGACAUAUAUAUGCCCUUGUUCAAGAACCCACAAGCACCUAGAGGAGGUGACAAAGUUAGCUAAGCCAAGAGUAACAAGCAGCAUUUUGGUGUCAUGACUACCCAAACGCUAUUAGAGAGUGGGUAAUUAGAAAAAAGGUUAUUUGAUAAAAAAAGAAAAAUUAUAAAGUUAUAAACAAUAGAAACAAAAGGGUAUUAUUAUCUCUUAUAGUUCCUUUUCCUUUCUCUUCCCUCUCAUGUUUUAAACAAAAACCAUAAAAUAACGUCUCUUCUUUUUCAACUUGUGUCCUUCUUACUUUCUGAAAAAAAGAAAAAAGAAAAAUUUGUGUGGUUCGACUCUUGUAUGAUGACCAUUAAUAAUAAGUAUGACAAAUUGCUUGAUAUAAAAAAAUAAUAAUACACAAAUAAAUAAAUAAUAUUAAUCAAACAAUAUACCA